AGCUUCAGCAGUUCCUGUGUUUGUAACAUGACCGAUCACAUGCUUUUUUAGAUAACGAUAUCAGGUGAUUUGAAGCAUGUCUCUGUCAGUGCGGAGCGGAGACAGAAGUAGCAGCACAAUGCAUCAGUGCAGUGUUGUAGCCCUUUAUUUACUUUUUAUUGGCACCUGCCGUUGUCAAUAUAAACCAACUUGGGAAUCACUUGACUCAAGACCUCUACCGGAAUGGUAUGACCAAGCCAAAUUCGGCAUCUUCAUUCACUGGGGAGUGUUUUCUGUUCCCAGCUAUGGCAGCGAGUGGUUCUGGUGGUACUGGCAGGGCAGGAAAAUACCGUCAUAUGUUGCGUUCAUGGUAGAGAAUUAUCCACCUGGCUUCACCUACGCAGACUUUGCUCCACAGUUCCGGGCUGAGUUUUUCAAUCCCAAGGAGUGGGUCGAUAUUUUUGCCUCAUCUGGGGCUAAAUAUAUCGUCCUCACAACCAAACACCAUGAAGGUUUUACUCUAUGGGGUUCAAAAUACUCGUGGAACUGGAACGCAGUGGAAAUUGGACCCAAACGCGAUCUGGUGGACGAGCUCUCCACUGCUUUGCGUGCAAACAGUGAUUUGCGUCUGGGUCUCUACCACUCUCUGUUUGAGUGGUUUCACCCUCUGUUCAGAGCAGAUGCUGAAAACCACUUUAAAACAUCUUUGUUUCCCACAACAAAGACCAUACCUGAGCUGUAUGAGAUAGUCAGCAAGUACAAACCUGAACUGCUGUGGUCUGAUGGGGAUGGAGAUGCUCCUGACUAUUACUGGAACAGCACUGGGUUCCUCGCUUGGCUUUAUAAUGAGAGUCCUGUUCGUGACACUGUUGUGACAAAUGAUCGCUGGGGAAAAGACUGCAUAUGUAAACAUGGUGGAUAUUACACCUGUAAUGACCGAUACAACCCAGGACAUCUACUGAAACGCAAGUGGGAAAACUGUAUGACUAUUGACCAGAAGUCCUGGGGCUACCGGAGAGAUGCCAAACUCAGUGAUUACCUCACCAUUGAGCAACUGGUUGGAACUCUUGUGGAGACUGUGUCCUGUGGGGGGAAUUUACUGAUGAAUAUUGGUCCCACUCAUGAUGGCCGCAUUACUCCAGUAUUCGAGGAGAGACUGCGGCAGAUGGGCCAGUGGCUAAAGGUGAAUGGAGAAGCGAUUUACAACACCAGUGCAUGGAGAGUUCAGAAUGACACGGCCACUCCUGGAGUUUGGUAUACAGCGAGACCGAAGGAGAACGCAAUCUAUGCCAUUUUCCUUUCAUGGCCAAGUAGCGGAUUUAUUGUUCUGAAUGAUCCGAUUGUCUCAACGUCCAAGACUAAGGUGGUGCUGUUGGGUAACACAGACCUCACGUGGGAUUCCAUGAGUCCGACUGGUCUGAAGGUGCAUCUGCCUCAGCUGACCCCCAGUGAGAUGCCCUGCUCCUGGGCCUGGACCCUACGACUGACUGGUGCUGCCUAGCCAAAUAAUAGCAACACAGCUUAGGAAUGAAUGAUUUUUUUUUGGCACAAAUUUUUUUUUUUUUUAUCACUUUUCACAUUUAAAUAAACAGUGUUACAAAAAUAAUUUUACAUGAUUGAAGUUACAUUUUCUGUUCAUGUCAUUCAUAUGACUUUUUUUUUUUUUUUUUUUUUUUGCUGGAGUGCGGUUUUUAAGUAAUAUGAAAGUGAAAUGUGUAUGCACUUUUUUUGCAGCAUUUAUUAUUUGCUGUAUAUCUGAUUGUGUCUUAGUGAUGCUUGCUAAGGUAAGCAUCACUUUUACUAAUGCUCAUAUUUUAAAUCUUAAUAUUAAACACUGGUGCCGUAACUCUUCUCGCACGUUUGUGCUACGGAUUUGAAUGAUGCGAUUACGAUUUUAAAGAGCAAAAAGUUACAUGAAUAAGAGACUUAAGCCAUAUCUAGGGACCAGUAUACUAUAGAGACUUGGGGUGGGGUCUUUUGAUUUGGGCCAGUAAGUAACCACCUAGCAACAACACCUUAAUUGCAGAACACCUUAGCAAUUGCAUUACAACACCCUAUCAUUGUGGUGGCAACUUUUGCACAAGCAAGCACCACUUAUAUUUUCUUCCAUAAAAUAUACUGUAAGUAGCGAGUUUCGAUGAGGUCUAUUAUUUUUAUGCUUUAUUACAUCCUUUUAUAUGUAAAUCAGUACUUUUCUGUCAUUAAUGAUAUUUUUUUGAAACUAAAAUACACUAGUAAAUUCCUUUAUUUGUUUUACAAGAAAGCAGCACUAUUUUGAAGUCAAGUCAGAUGUAGACUUUCAUAACCUAACUUGACAAUUAAAAAUGCACAUCAUUUUUAAUUUGUUUGACACAAAUUGACACAAAUAUAUCAUAAAAAUAAAUAAACAGAUACAUAAAAUUUCAUUAGUGUCGCAGUGUCUGUGCUAUGACUUUUUUUUUAUUUAUUUUUUUACUAUUAAUUUUUAUUUUCUUAAUUUGUUCCUGUAGCUCAACUGCAGGGCAUGGAGCUAUUUGUUUCGAUUCCUAUGAAAUACACCAACUAAUAAAAUGUAUACCUUGAACACA